UUAGGACGAGGCGAGCGAGCGUUCGCCUGCUGCUCGCCCGCCCGCCCGCUGCCGUCCCAUCAUGGCCUCCGCACCGCCGAGGAUGACCCGAGCAGCGAGCGGCCCUUCCCUUUCGGACGCAGAGACGGAGGUCAAGCCGAAGCAGCGGCACCGGUAGAGGCGAGCCUCGCCGGGGAGAGAGGCGCCUCUCAUCCCCGCGCGCACCCCCCUCCCGGUCUCCUCCAUGCCUUCGCUUAAAGACGAGAGCGGCGACUGGAUCAAGAGCCGGGCGGCGCCUCAAACAUGCCGAGCAGCCGGGAUUAUUCCGUCAACCUGUCGGUGCAGCAAGUGCUGAGUCUGUGGGUGCAGGGGACGGCGCUGCAGCACUUCACAGAAAUGUGGUACUGGGUGUUCCUGUGGUGUCUCUUCUCCUCGCUUUUCGUCCACGCGGCGAUGGGGUUGCUCAUGUUCGUCAUGCUGCAGCGCCACAAGAGGGGGCGCCUCAUCACCCUGGUGCUGGUCAGCGUGGGCUUCCUGGCCUCGCUGUGCGGUGGCGUCAUCACCAGCGCAGCCGUCGCUGGCGUGUACCGCGUGGCCGGGAAGGACAUGGCACCACUGGAGGCUCUGGUGUUCGGCGUGGGCCAGACCACCCUCUCCAUCUUCAUCGCCUUCUCCCGCAUCCUGGCCACGUUGUGAAGAAGGACCCUUCCAAACCACAGCGGGACUGGACGCUAUGGUUCAAACACUUAAGGUGGCUUGAAGAGGGGGGCAACACAUGAGCCCGUCCCUUCCACCCGGUGUCUCUGAGCCACCAUUUCCUGCAAAGUCAAGAGGAUCAAGUGGAGAGGAAACCACCACUUUGGACUGACGCCACGAUGGUGUUGAUGGAUUCAUUGUGCCAACCGUCUUUCAGGAGACGUCCAGCCGAGGCCAGUGACUGUUCGCCCUCAUGACACCAAACACUCUGGUCACUCACAAGAUCACACCUGGUGUGUCAGGAGCCAGAAUAUUCAAGGUCACCCGCAGAAUAAACAAAGAUUGUACCGGGACCCAUCUCAGCCAGCGCACAUCCGUUUCAAUCCUCAAAGUCUUCUGCAAACUGUGACCUCGCAAUUUCAGAACCGGAGAAGUUACCUCUGCCCCAUGGACUCCUCCCAGCGGAUGGAAAACUGAGAACAGAAGAAAGUGAUCAUGGUGGCGGUCUUUAGCAAAUCCAGGGUGACAGGAAAAGCUUUAUCGGUUGGCGGUAUUCCUCAUCUGGCCGCUGAUCCCAGGUGAUGGUGGGAUACAAUGAUACCUUUGCUCUCAGUUGCUGUAUCAAAACAAAGACAACCUGUGUCUUGUUAACACAGAGAUGAAGAGAUUAGUUUUUCUAGUGAAGUUUACUUGUCUGGGCAAGAAGACGCUGGGUUCAAAGCCACUUAUUUCCUGGUUUCCUCCGAAAACGACGAGAAAUGAAUGAUCAAAUUGAUGACUUUAAAUUGACUAUGUUUCCUGUGAUGGACUGGCAUCCUGUCCAGGGUGUCCCUCCCUUAGCAGCUGAGAAAGACGGCCUUCUUUAGUAAAGAAUGAAUGUAUUACAGUUCCAGCCAAGGCAAACUCCGCACUCUCUGACUAUGGGUGAUGAGACUGUGUUGUGACCGCAGAUUUGGAGAAAUAACCCCAGAAGAUGCACCAUAUCUCACGGUCCCUGUCAGUCAGAAACAUGGUUUCAGGCCUCCGCAAGUGUGCGCUGACCAAGACAUGUUGCUGCAGAACUGCAUCUGUUCCAGGUUGUGACGUGAUAUGAGGCCUUGAUGUUUUUGUGGGACGUUGAGCCCGAUGUUCUGUCGACAUACUCUCACUCCUAAGGCGUAACAUAUCGACGACAAGUGGACUUCUGCAUCCGAGUUGUCAGCCUUCUCCUGCGCAUGUAGACACAUAGGCAUUUCAGUUGAAUCAAAUAUUCCCCCUUGAACGACAUUUCUUAAAAGGAUGGUUGGAGUUGAACGUUCUGUAAAUCUGUGGGACCCUUGGAAAGUCUGACAAAGUGCAGCCUGCAGAAAUGCUGUGGAAAGGGAUACAACAUGGCAUGACAUCUGCUUCACCCCGGGACUCAAAAGUUCACAUGACGGUGAUCCGUGUUACGCCUUAGAAUGUGCCGCGUCAGGAUUUUCCAUUUUGUCCUCUUUUACUGUCAUGUUUUGCACUUUAGCUUGUUGUUUUUAACAUUGUACUUGUGCUUUCGGUGACAUCACACUGGAGUAGUUCCUCAAAUGGUCUCGUCGUCUACUGAGCAAACACUUCCUCGGCACAGACGCCAGACAGAACCCUCCCGUGAAGCCAAAGUAUCUUUGUAAGCUUUAUUUAUCGCCUUCACUGUAGAGCUUGGUUCUGUUCAAGAUACUGGCUGCUCACCUGCAGUUUCAUCUCAGCACACUGGGUGGCGAUGUUACACUGUAAUGUUCAGUUCACCUGACCUGAGCACAAGCAGCCAGUGUGAAGGUUUGAGUUCUGUAUCAGGGACUCACUGCCGAUGACUCACCUGUGUGAAUCAUCCAUUCUCUGCUGUGAGUGCAACUAUAGUAUUUUGUUUCUGCUCUCGUGUGACGCAUUUGACGAGGAAUUUGUACAGAUGUAUUCCUCUUCAGGCCAAGAACCAUGUUCAUGCUGGCUCAGACUCGGAGUCUGGCCUCUGUUGUGUGGAUCCUCUAAAACCAGCAGCCCUUGAUGACGUCCCUGGAGUGGUUAUCCUCGCAAGUGUGCCAGAGCAGAGAGUCGGUGGAAGAGGAAGCCAGUGCUCAGGUGAAUGAUGGGUGAUUUGGUGUCGCAGUGAAAGAGAGGCAUUUUUCACAUCACAAUAGUAGCCCAGGUCCAGAGGGUUUUCAGUGGCUGGUAUGAAAUUCAACUCCUACAUUUAUUCUGUUUGAGUUCGCCAGGCGAUGAGCUGCUGUUUGCCGCGCUGAGGCGCCUUUGCUUAAGUCCGCAAUGACUGAAACUGCGUCCAUUUUUCAUGCAGUACAGCUGUUGGUAAAAGAUGUUGCCGCAUCUCUUGACCUUCAGCUGAGGUUACUUGUUCAUAUACACUCCCAGAACUCCGACUAGGUUUAGGGGCUGUUCUUUAGUCGUCCAUGAGGUGCUCAGUGUAGAGCUUCUGACAGAAGGAACACAUCUCUUGGUUGACCUGCGGCGAGAGAGAGAGCGUCCACGACUGCUGGUGUUGUUGAGGAGCAUGCUCAUUAUUUCUCCAGCCUUACCGUAGCGCUGACCACUGAGGACUUUUCAGCUCCAGCUUCAGUGUUUUGAUGGCUGAAACUGUUUGUGUGUGUCCAUGUCAACACCUAACACUCGCCUGGACGACUCCGUCGCGCUGCUACCCGUCGUCUCGGAUGCCAUAGACCCCCCCCCCCCGCCUCAGUCGAGCAGCGACACCUGAGUCUUGUACAGAAUCCCAAAGUGGCACAUGUAGAUAGUGUACAAUAUGUUUUUUUUAAUUUUGUACUAGCCUUAUUUAUAACAACGAUGUACAGAUUGUUCUCAUGUACAAACUCAACUGUGGAUUAAAAUCUUUUGCAGUAAGAAGUCUCUGGA